AUGGAACUCAAAGUCGACGUCAAAGAGCAUGGCAACCCUCUUAGCCUAGGCACGUCGAUCAUCCUGCUUGCUCUUGUACUCAUAUUUCUCCUCCGAUGGGGAGAUACAUCGGCCUCGCAGAACGGACUGCCCCUGAUCAAUGCAAAGAGACGGUUCGAAUUCGUCGACUUGCUAGCCAAGAAACGGUUCAUCACAAACGCGCAAGAACUGCUCAAGGCCGCGAUCAAUAGGGUAAUUGACCACAUCAAGGCAAGUGUAUUCAACAUCGUCACCGAAAAUGGGGUCAUGAUGGUCCUAGACCCCAAAUACGCCGAUGAAAUUCGCAACUCAAAAACCCUGAGCCUCCGCAAGACCCUGAUAGAGGACAUGCACGUCAAUGUUCCUGGGUUCGAGCAACAGAUGCAAGCUCUGGAAGAUGAUGAGAUCUUCCAGACUACUUUGAAGACAAAAUUGACCCGAAACUUGGAGGAUCUGAAUGAGAUAUUGUCUCGGGAGGCAACCGUCGCACUGCAAGAACAUUGGACUGAUAAUCCCGAAUGGCAUGAAAUUCCCCUGAGUAGAUCCAUGCUCAAAAUCAUCGCUCAACUCAGCUCGCGAGUCUUCCUAGGUGACAAGAUCUGCCACAACCCCAAAUGGCUACGAAUUUCUGUCGACUACUCAAUCGACCUAUUUCAAGCAACCUUUGAGCUGCGCAUCUAUCCUCGCUUUCUCCGCCCCUUGGCAUCCAGGUUCCAGCCAUCUUGUCGAAGGCUUCGUGCCGACAUACGAGAGGCUCGAAGCAUUAUCGAGCCCGUCAUAGAAGAACGUCGAAAAGCCAAAGCCAUCGCAAAACAAGAAGGUCGAGAUCCAGAACGCCAUGAAGAUACAAUAGAGUGGUUGGAGGAGGUUGCGAAUGGGAGACAGUAUAAUCCUGUGUCUGCGCAGUUGUUGCUUUCGAGUGCGGCCGUGCAUACAAGCUCCGAUAUGCUCACUCAGGUAUUAUACGAUUUAGACGGGCGGCAAGAGCUGAUUGAAGCACUGCGAGAGGAGAUCAGAUUUGUUUUCAAGAAUGGCUGGGAAAGGUCCUCGUUGGCGAAGCUGCGGUUGAUGGAUAGUGUGUUGAAGGAGAGUCAGCGCUUGAAGCCUAUUAGUAGCGUCUCCAUGCGCCGCAUGGCCGAAGCACCCGUCACCUUAUCUGACGGCACCAUUAUCCCGAAAGACUGCAAGAUCAUUGUUCCCUGCCUCCGACAAUGGGACGAGAAAUACUAUCCUGACCCUGAGACCUUUACCCCCGACCGAUUUCUCAAGCUCAGAAACGAGCCUGGCUACGAGCACACCGCAGCCUUUGCCAACUCAUCCCCGAAUCACCUAGGCUUCGGACUGGGGCGACACGCAUGUCCGGGAAGAUUUUUUGCGGCGAACGAAAUAAAAUUAGCGUUGUGCCAUAUCCUGAUGAAGUAUGAGUUUAGAGUUGUCGGGAAAAAGCCCGAGAAGGUAGUGUUUGGGACGAUGCUGGCCGCGGAUCCGAAUGGGGUGAUUGCGGUUAGAAGGAGGAAGGGCGAGGAACAGAUUCGCCUGUAA